CGCUACGCUUCUCAUCGGCAAGAUGGCUAUUAAUAUCUCCCGGCGCUCCGUGACUCAUGGGCUCGUGCACCGUCGCCACAUAUAUUAACACACGCCCUAUCAGAAGAUAUCAUCUAAAAAAAGGGACGAUAGCUUAACUACCCAUACCGACAAACCCAAGCUAGUUAUCAAACUAUUUGUUAUUACUCCGAGUCGAUAUACCACACCAUCCCGGAACCAGCACCGGCUGACGUCUGUCACUCCACAGAUCACAAUAAAACUUCAAUUGGGAGGAGACAAUUAGAGUAAAAAAGAAAAGAAGAAAAAAAAGAUGGAAUCCACAACGAGGGACCAUCUCAUCACUACUACUACUACUACCACCACUAUCACAUCCCUUCCAACCGCUCUAGCUGCGGCGAUAUUGCUUCUUCUGACACUUAUCGCCCUGUCAUAUAUCCUCCGCAACACAGAUCACGACAUCCGAUCGACUCUCUUCCAACUGCUACACAAACCCCUGUCGACCAGCGAAGUUGUGUCGCUGCGCAUCUACCCCAUCAAAUCAUGUCGCGGUUUCGAGAUCGACAGGACCACGGUGCAAAUGCACGGACUCGAUCUCGAUCGCCAAUGGAUGUUCGUUGACGCGACCACCCGUGAAUUCCUCACUAUCCGCCAGAUUCCCCAGAUGACGCUCAUCAACACCGGUCUUAGUCAGGAUGGUGUCUUUCUCGAGCUUAGCAUCACAGGCGCGGAGGAACCGCGGACGGUUCGCGUCCCUGCGCGCCCGUCGCCAGACUGGUUGGCCGCACACACGACCCUGGCACAGGUCAAGAUAUGGGAUAUCUACACCGACGGUCAUCUGUACGGUCCCGAAGUGAAUGAUUUCUUUUCCCAAUUCCUCAAUCGCGCCGUCUGUCUGGUCUACAAGGGUCCCACGCCGCGAGUCCUCCGCGGUAAUGGCUCGCCCAAGAUCAUCGGCCGCACGCAGGAUACCUAUUUCCCAGACGUCCUUCCACUACUAAUCGGGUCAGAGGCAUCGCUAGCAGAGCUCAAUUCGCGCUUGACCGCCAAGGGUGCCGAUCCCAUCACCAUCGAGCGGUUCCGGCCGAAUAUCAUCGUCCGGGGCACAGUUCCAUGGGAGGAAGACUCGUGGAAACUAGUGCGUUUCCGCGGAUCUGACUCUGCGAGACCUCUCGAUGUGGAUGUCGUCGCCCGAUGUGCCAGAUGCCAGGUCCCCAACGUCAAUCCGGAUACGGCAGAGAAGCACAAGCACGAGCCGUGGAACACUCUGAUGUCGUACCGAAGAGUCGACGAGGGGAUCAAGUAUAAACCGUGUUUUGGCAUGUUGAGCGUGCCCCGCAACGAGGGGGAAAUUUAUGUCGGAAUGAAGUUCGAGGUGCUGAACGAGACGAAGCAGCAUCGGUAUAUUACAGGUUUCUAGUUUUGAGAGACUUUUGGGGAAUUGAUAUUGAGGACGUCUGUAUAUUCCAGGUUUCCAUAACAGUUCGGAUGGAGGAAUGUUGUUUCCCUCUAUAUAUGAAAAGAGAUCCAAAAGUAGUAGAGUGACUA